AUGGAUCACGAAGCAAUGGACUAUAAUCUGCAGGAGCAGUCAGAUCAUCCUGCUGCACAAGAACUUCCUCCUGCUGAAGUGGUCAGCAGCCAAGCAGAACCGCCCGUGUUUCCGCCUGCACCACAGGAGUCCAUUGAUCUGACAGAGGACACAGAGCUCUCAGGAGACGAGAGAGUAGAGAACAUCAAUCCAGGAGCAUCAGAGGAAGAUAGGCAGGGAUCUGGUGCUAAUGCCAACAUCCGUAUGUCUUCACUAGAGUCAAUGAACACCUUCAUCAGCGGGCUACAGAGGCUGCAUGGCAUGCUGGAAUUCCUGAGACCUCCAUCUUCAAACCACAACGUGGGCCCAGUGAGAGCAAGAAGGAGAACAGGUUCUACUCCACGCCGGGCAAGGCCUAGUGGGUCUCAGAGGACAGACAAUACCAGAUCAAGAGUACCUUUGGCUGCUUUCUUCCAAGUGAGCAGGACUCAGCCUCAGUUGCCAGCCAACUCUUACCCAGAAACUAGGAAUCCGGUCUCUGAAGAUUUACAGGUGUCCAGUAGUUCCAAUUCUGACAGUGACAGCCCUGAGGAGGAUGAAGAGAUUGUCCAGGAAGAGGAACCUGGAGUUGUUAUUUUGGAAGAGCCACCAGGAAGUACCCCAGCGGAGCCCGAAGUUCCCCGUAUUGAUGGAGGAGAGGUCCCUCCAGAGCAGUCUCUCCAAAGCACUGAUCCCCCUCCUCUUCCUCCUCCUCAGCCCGCGGAUGAGGACGAUGGAGACACUUGCACAGUAUGUUUCGAGCCGUGGACCAAUGCUGGAGACCACCGGCUCUCAGCCUUACGUUGUGGGCACCUAUUUGGGUAUAGAUGCAUAUCUAAGUGGCUCAAAGGACAAGUACGAAAAUGUCCCCAGUGCAACAAGAAAGCCAAGCACAGUGACAUCGUUGUCCUCUAUACCAGAACCUUGAGAGCUUUGGACACUAGUGAACAGGAACGCAUGAAAAGUUCCUUACUGAAGGAGCAAAUGAUAAGGAAGCAAGCAGAGUUAGAAUCGGCUCAGUGCCGGCUCCAACUUCAGGUCCUCACAGAAGAAUGCACUAAGCUUCGUGGUCGUGUCCAGGAAUUGCAAAAACUUAUUGUACAGCAUCGAGGUCAAAUUUUGCAGCACCCCAGGAGCUCCCAAACAAGUUUCAUAGGCUGCACAGCCACCAGCCAGGGCCAGCACAAGUAUCAUUUCCAGAAGACCUUCACCAUAUCUGAGAUAGGGAACUGCCGCACCAUGGCGUACUGUGAUGCUUUGAGCUGCCUGGUGGUGUCACAGCCUUCUCCUCAGGCCUCCUUCCUGCCAGGCUUCGGUGUUAAGAUGUUGAGUACUGCAAACAUGAAAAGCAAUCAGUACAUUCCAAUGCAUGGCAGGCAGAUUCGCGGAUUAGCUUUCAGCCCUCGGUCUCAGGGCUUGCUGCUCUCUGCUUCCCUGGACAGCACUCUGAAACUGACUAGCCUGGAGACAAAUACUGUAGUCCAGACCUACAAUGCUGGGCGUCCUGUCUGGAGCUGCUGCUGGUGUCUGGAUGAAAAUAAUUACAUUUAUGCUGGAUUGGCCAAUGGUUCAAUUCUCGUCUAUGACCUACGAAACACAGGCUGCCAUAUCCAGGAACUAGUGCCUCAGAAAGACAGAUGCCCGUUGGUGUCCCUGUCGUACAUACCUAGAGCUGCCUCAGCUGCAUUUCCAUAUGGUGGAGUACUGGCUGGAACUUUGGAGAAUGCUUCCUUCUGGGAGCUAAAAAUGGGCUUUUCUCAUUGGCCUCACGUUCUGCCCUUAGAGCCAGGGGGCUGCACAGACUUUCAGACAGAGAGUGCCACUCGGCACUGUCUUGUGACCUACAGGCCCGAUAAAAACCACAGCACCUUACGAAGCGUGCUCAUGGAAAUGUCCUACAGUCUGAAUAAUGCUGGAGAACCCAUCUGCUCGUGCCAUCCUGUACAGACAUUUUUAGGGGGCCCCACUUGUAAACUACUGACCAAAAGUGCUGUUUUCCAAAACCCAGAGAACAAUGGCCGCCUUCUGGUGUGUUCUGGGGAUGAGUCAUCAAAUUCUGCCCUGCUGUGGGAUGCUAGCAGUGGCUCCUUGCUACAGAAACUGCAGACUGAUCAGCCCGUCUUGGACAUCUGCCCAUUUGAGGUGAACCAUCACAACUACUUGGCUACCUUAACAGAGAAGAUGGUCCACAUUUAUAGGUGGGAGUGA